UACAACUGUUGAAAAGUCCUUAACGAUAACAACCCACCAUUCUCUCCUCUAUCUCUCUCCCACCAUGGGUAUUAUUGAUCAAAGGAGCAAGAAGGGUGACGAAGACUUGAUGAUCUCAAACCCCUUGAGGUUGAUUCUCUUACAGUUUGGUAAUCAUGUCUUACGCUCCCUCUUCUUUGUCAUCGGUUUCUCAAUUGGUGUCUUCCUUUAUCUGCAUCUAAAAGCCUCCCACAUGUCAACGCCGAAGACACAACAACCCUUACGGUCCACAUUGCUAUUCCACCACUCAAUCAAACAAGAGUUAGAAACACAAGUUCUUCAACACAACAUGAGUGAUCAAGAACUCUUCACCAAGGUCUCUUUAUUAUCACCACCACCACCAUCAUCAUCAUCAUCAUCAUGGUUAGGGAGGAGACAUAAUAAUGAUGGGAAGAUGGUUGUGAAAGUUGCUUUCAUGUUCAUGACAGGCGGCGCACUCCCAUUGGCUACUUUGUGGGACAAGUUCUUUGAAGGUCAUGAAGGGUUUUAUUCCAUUUAUGUUCAUACUAAUCCAUCUUUUCAAGAAUCUUACCCUGAAACUUCUGUCUUCUACUCAAGAAGAAUCCCAAGCCAGCCAGUGUAUUGGGGAACAUCAUCGAUGGUAGACGCAGAGAAAAGACUCUUAGCCAACGCUCUCCUCGACGAAUCAAACCAACGAUUCGUCCUCUUAUCAGAUUCUUGCAUCCCACUCUUCGACUUCACAACCAUCUACGACUACUUAACCGGCACUAAUCUCAGCUUCAUAGGUUCAUUCGACGAUCCAAACAAAUCAGGCCGUGGCCGUUACAACCCCAAAAUGUAUCCACAAAUCAACGUCACACAUUGGCGUAAAGGAUCGCAAUGGUUUAGCACAACCCGUGAGCUUGCUCUUCAUAUACUCGCAGACACUUUUUAUUACAAGAUAUUCGAUCGGUAUUGCAAACCGCCUUGUUACGUGGACGAGCAUUACAUACCGACACUUGUUCACAUGUUCCAUGGAGAGAUGAGUGCAAACCGGACAUUGACUUGGGUGGAUUGGUCGAGAGUUGGUCCACAUCCUGGCCGGUUUAUUUGGCCUGAUAUAACGGAUGAGUUUCUUAACCGUAUCCGGUUCUCACAGGAGUGUGCUUAUUAUGGUAGUGAUGGGGAGAAUAUUACAACUUCGAAAUGUUUUUUAUUUGCGAGGAAAUUUACAGAAGAUACUUUAGAACCUUUGUUGAGAAUCACGCCUUUAGUUCUUGGGUCUGGAGCUGGACUGUCUGGUCUGUAAUCGCUGAAACGUUUGUGAGGUUUCUUCAGUUAGUAAAUAUUAAUGCCUAUUUUUAAGUAGAGGAAAUCAAUAAAAUUUGAUUUCAUCUGUUAUACAUCAUUUCGAUUCAC